AUGCCGUUCCCUGAUGAAAGCUCAUUCUACUUGGUGAAGACUUUGGGACGCUUGCCUGCAAAUGUUACAUCAGUGGAGGUGAAGAUUGGCCGGAAGCUGGUGAAUAAGGGCCCUACAUGGCUACGGCCAGUGGUCGUUAGGGUCAACGGUGAACCAGCGUUUCUUCCUUAUGUCCAUCCAGUGGAGCCUUUAAUAAUAUACCGGUCCUCUGGUAAUACCACGGUGAUUGAGUGGAGUGGUUUAGUCCGCACUCGAUACUCACGUCAGGGCCUGCUAAACAUCACUCUCUCCACUCUCUUUUACAACACCACCUGUGGUCUUUGUGGUUUCUUCAAUGGAGAUCCAAUUGAUGACCUCCGUCUACCUAGCGGAAGGCAGGCCGAUACACCCGAACAGUUUAUUGAAGGCUGGAAAGCCAUUGCGGAUGAUCUGACAUGCAAUGGCGAUUGUGAGGACUUGUAUCGUAUGUGUACAGAUUUAAGGCUGUACCAGAGCCCAUGGCUGUGUGGAAACAUCAAUGACCUAGGAAACGGCUCGUUCCUGGCUUGCCACACAGCUGUUAAUCCCUCUCCUUUCUUCAGGAACUGCCUCUACAACAUGUGUGUGCGGGAAGGAAACCGUUCUGCCCUGUGUAACUCCCUCCAGGCAUAUGCUUCAGCUUGCCAGGAUGCUCAGAUCAUCUUGGGAGCCUGGAGGAGUGCUACCAACUGCCCUCUACCCUGUCCAGAAAACAGUCAUUUCGAUGAGUGUACAUCUGCAUGCCCUCUCACUUGCUCUAACCUGGAUGAUCCUGAGGAGCCAUGCCCUCUACCCUGCUCCGAGGGCUGCCAGUGUGAAGAGGGAUUUGCCCUCCGUGAUGGCAUCUGUGUGGCACGUAGCGAUUGUGGCUGCUUCUACCUGGGCCGGCAGCUAGCCACCAAUGAGACAUUCUGGACAGACUGGGAGUGCCAGGAGCGCUGCUACUGCAACGGCACAGACAACAGUGUCUACUGCACCUUCUCACCCUGUCACCCAGAGGAGUACUGCCAGGAGAAUGAAGGCCUGUUUUUCUGUCAGCCAAGGACAGAGGCCAUGUGUGUUGUUGCUGGUUAUGGACACUUUUUGCCAUUUGGAGGUGUACCAUUUGACCUCCAGAGCAGCUGUACUCUCCGUCUGGCCACUACUGAGUGUGGAGAGGGGGACGAGGAUGGCUUUGGGGGACUAGAGAGUGCAGAGACAGUUCUGGGAGGACUGCCCAGGUUCCAGUUUUCAGCUCGGAAUGAAGAGCGAGACACAGGCCAGGCUAUAUGGGUGCGGGGAUUUGUUCUGGAGGUCUAUGGAUAUGAAAUUGAGGUGUCACAAAGUUUCAAACACACAGUCACGGUGAAUAAAGAGCGCCUGUAUCUGCCUAUAAAACUUGGUCCAGGGAAAGUUAACAUCUACACCCUUGGUCUGCAGUUACUUGUGGAGACAGACUUUGGACUGAAGGUGGCUUUUGACUGGAAUACUCUACUGCUUCUGACUCUUCCUCGCAGUCUCUUUAACGCCACCUGUGGGCUCUGCCAAGGAAUGCCUAUUACUGGUCCCACUCUAAGUGUCACAGAAUGGGGCAUGGCAUGGGCAGAACGUGACACCUUCUGCCAAGUUGGUUGCGGGGACUCUUGUCCUCGCUGUGGAUUGGCUGAGAGGGGCCUAGCUGCUGAGGUCCCCGCCCAAGUAACAGAUGCUGUUGGUAACAUUGAGAUGGAUGAGGGUAACCCAGGAAACCGUUUCCACCUUGCUGAAGGGCUGUAUGUGUAUGUCGAACCUGAGGCGGUGAGAUUAUGUGGACUUAUAAUAGACCGUGGAGGUGUGUUUGCGCGCUGUCACAGCAAAGUGGCACCAGCAUACUUCUACCAGAGCUGUCUGCAGGAUACAUGUGUGGAUCAAGGUGCGAGAGAGACCAUCUGUAAUUGGCUACAGAUUUAUGCCAAUACCUGUCAGACACAAGGAGUGUCUGUCAUUGGCUGGAGAAGUUCCACACCCUGUGUCCUGUCGUGCCCUCUGAACAGCCACUAUUCCAGCUGUAUGAUGGUGUGCCAGCCGCAAUGUGCCCCUGCACGUGGACAGAAAGACUGUAACCAGUACUGUGUUGAGGGGUGCCAGUGUGACCUAGGCUUUGUGCUCAACGGCAAGAGCUGUAUCCUCAGUCAGAACUGUGGAUGCUACACGGAUGGUAAAUACUAUGAGCCUAAGCAGUUGUUCUGGAACAGUGACUGCACUAAACGCUGUCAGUGUAUUGGACGGAAUCUGAUUCAGUGUGACCCAAGGCGAUGCAAAGCAGAGGAGGAAUGUAUACUACGUCAUGGUGUGCGAGGAUGCUUUGCCCGACGUAAUCAGCACUGUGUAGCAUCGGGCGGCGGCGUCUUCCGUACUUUUGAUGGUGCCUCUAUUCGUUUACCUGCCUCAUGCUCCUUUGUUCUUUCAACGAUCUGUCACAAGCUGCCUGAGUUAUCUUUUCAACUCAUUGCCAAUUUUGACAAGUGGAGUACACCCAACCUAACCACCAUCUCCCAUGCUUACCUCUACAUCAACGAGGAGAACAUUCUCAUCUCCGGAAACACAGUCAAGGUAAAUGGUACGCCCGUGUCCGUACCUUUUGUCACAGGUCUAAUGACACGAGUAUCCACAUCAGAGGGAUUCCUGGUGAUCGACACUCCCCAGGACAUCCAGGUGCGUUAUAACAGAUUCAACAUCCUCAGCAUUACAAUGGGCCCACGGCUGCAGAACAAGGUAUGCGGACUGUGUGGGAACUUCAAUGGGGACCCCACUGAUGAUUAUAUCACCUCUCGUGGAAAACCUGCCGUCAGUGCACUGGAGCUCGCUCAGAGUUGGAAAACCAAUGGCAUGCAGAACAGUUGUGAUGAGACGCAGUAUGUGGCCCUGGCUCAAUCCUGUGAUAAUACAGCAGUAUCAGAGCUCCAGGGAGAAGAAAACUGUCUGAAGCUCACAGAUUUUAAAGGUUUCUUCCAGCCCUGCCACGGCCUACUGGACCCUCACCCCUUCUACCAGUCCUGCUACAUGGACGGCUGCUACAACCACCGUAAGGCCCAGGUGUGCGGCUCCAUGGCAGCCUACGCUGAGGCCUGCCGCUCUUUCGGCACACUUACCACCAAGUGGAUCGCCCAGGAGAACUGCUAAUGGAUCUAUGACCCCUGUGCAGGAGAGAUCUGCUCUAACAACACGUGUGAGCAGGAGAAUGGAGGAGAUUUGUGUGGCUG